GUGUUCUGACAUUGUGACUUAUGAUAAGGCUACAUACUCCGUCUUCGCUCUGUUUCUUGGCCACAGCUCCUGUAACCUUGGAAUCUCCAGAGUGGUCAGUAUUGUUUCCUGUGUGAGUGAGAUGAGUGAAGAAAGGGUGCUGGAUCACUUCAGGAUGGAGUUGUGGGUUGCUAAGGAAAGCAACCACAGUAACACAUCCCCACUUCCGGUUCUCUGAAACUGGCAGGCCUGAAGAUCAAAAUCUACUUAACAUCCAAAGCCACUAGACUCAAAAUGCAGUCCAUUAAAAUGUCCCGAGUCCAAUAGCCCUUCAUGAUAAAAGUCCUGAAGAGGCACUGAAGGCAUCAUGUUGUAGGGAUGGGGACUCCAGUGACCCACACCAUCAGGAACUUCUACCUGGAGAACAGAGGAGAGUAGGAAAUCAGCAAGAUGAAGCCAUCUACAGUUCUCAAGCACUCUUAUCCCUGCAGCCUCCUAAGCAAGCAGCUGAGACACCAUCCAGAAAUCAAAGAAGUUGCUAGAAAAGGUAAAAAGUUGUUGUCAUUACUAAACAAUGUAUAUGUCGAUCCUAAAGUUCUGGCAUCUUCCUUGCAAGUAAAAGAUAUUGAACCAUAACAAGAACCAAAAGAAUUCAGAUUGGAGAUAUGACAUCACUUUGAUAUGAAUAUUAUGGGUGUUUCCAAAGGCAAAUCUAUUAUAGAAGUAUUGACCCUUCUCAAUAACCAUACAUUUUCUCAAGAAAGACAGACAGCUGGGAAAACUACAAAAGAAUUCUAUUUAGAACUAAAAUAUGUAAAUUCCCUUCUCAACUAUUUAGUUACUUUUAAUGUCAAAAUCUUUCCUUUUGAAGAAAAGAAAGUAAUAUGAUCAAAAUGA